UUAAUAUUCCUGCAAUCAUUUUACGGUUUCUACUGUUGCUUCAACUUAUUUCUUUUAUCUUUGCGAGAAGGGUACCAUGGCUGAAAUGAUCCUCAGUUUUGUGGUGGAUGCAACUCUGUACAGGGUGGCUUCGCUCAUCACCAAUGAAAUCACCGGCGCUUGGAAUCUCAAGAACGACUUGAAAGGCCUCGAGGAAUCCCUCACCCUGAUCCGUGGUGUGCUACAGGAUGCAGAGGAACAACAAACAGAGAGAGAACCUGUGAAGCGUUGGCUGAAGAAGCUCAAAGAUGUAGCUGAUGAUGCUGAUGUCUUGUUUGAUGAGUUAGCGUACGAGGAUCUUCGACGAAAGGUUGAGAUGCAAGAACAACUUGGAAGGGAGGUAAGCUGCCUUUUUUCAUUCUCUAAAGGCACUCGUUGUGUCAAGAAGGCUGAAUUGCAUGUCAAAAUGGUCCACAAAGUUAGGAAAACAAUUAAGUUGUUGAAAAAGAUUAAGAACGAAGCUACGGAUUUUGGACUUCGAGUCCUAUCUAGAGAUGGAAUAAUGUCUCAAAUCAACUUCGAUCGAACGACAGAUUCGAUCCUUGACAACCCAAUUGUGGGGAGGAAAGCUGAUGUCUCUGAAAUCGUGCACUUGCUGAGUUCCUGUGACCAACGAGUUCUAACCGUUGUUCCCAUAGUGGGGAUGGGCGGUUUGGGAAAGACAGCCUUAGCUAAACUGGUGUGUCAUAAAGCCAUAGAAAGAAAUCUUUUUGACGACAAAAUAUGGGUUUGCGUUUCUGAUAACUUUAAUGAACAAAAAAUUUUGGGAGAAAUGUUGCAAACUUUCAAUGUAAAUGCGGGUGGAGUGACCAACAUGGAUGCAAUACUUAAAGAGCUUGAAAAGCAGUUGGAGGGGAGAAAGUUUCUACUUGUUCUUGAUGACGUGUGGAAUGAGAGGAAUGAGGUAUCAAAUAGGUGGGAUGAUUUUAAGACUCGUUUGGUAAGAAUUAGCAAAAACAAUGGCAAUGCUAUUGUUGUCACGACUCGUAGCGAGGAAGUGGCAUCAAUAGUGGAGACUUCUACAAAUCAUAGGCAUACACUACAUUUGCUGUCUGAUGAUGAAUGUUGGUCCAUUAUGAAGGAAAGGGCAUUUGGAAGUGAAACAGCAUCAAUCCCCUCAAACUUAGAGGACAUUGGAAAGGAGAUUGCAAAAAAAUGUAGGGGAGUGCCAUUAGCAGCAAAAGUUUUAGGUGGGACAAUGGGUUUUAGAAAGGAUGAGAAAGCAUGGUUGUCAAUUCAAAAUAAUAAUGUUUUGAAUGCAUCAUAUAAGAAGGAAAAUAUUGAAUCUAUAUUAAAAUUGAGUUGUGAUCACUUGCCUUCAAAUUUGAAGCAAUGUUUUGCAUACUGUUCGAUGUUUCCAAAAGAUUUUGAUUUUGAAAAGGAAGAAUUAAUUUGGCUUUGGAUGGCUGAAGGUUUUGUUGUGCCAUCUAGUGAAGAUGAGGGCAACAAGUAUUCUAAUGCCUUACUUCAAAAUUCUUUUUUCCAAGAUGUGGUGAGGGAUGAAUACGGUAAUAUUGGAAAGUGCAAAAUGCAUGAUCUUGUACAUGAUCUUGCAUUAUCUCUUUCAAAGUACGAAACAGUGACUUUGAAAAAUUGUUCAACUAGUGAUGAUUUGUCUUCCGCUCGCCGUUUAUAUGUGGAUUGUCAAAAUGCAAAAGCUUCAGCGGCAUUUCCAAAAGGUGGUUCUAAGAAGCUGCGUAGUUUAUACAUGAAUGGUAUUGUCUUUGAUGGGUCUUGGAAGUCGAAAAGCUUGCGCACUCUAAAAUUGAAAGGUUCUAAUAUUGAGAAGGUGCCAUCUUCUAUUGGCAAGUUGAAACAUUUGAGAUAUCUUGACGUCUCAGACACUAAAAUCAAAGUGUUGCCUGAAUCCAUCACCAAGCUCUACAAUUUGCAAACAUUGAGAUUCCUUAGGUGCAAGUCACUUGAAGAGCUUCCUGGAAAUAAAAUAUGCAAUCUGAUCAGCUUGAGGCAUAUUGAAUUUUCUUAUGAUAGACAUAUGCCAUCUAAGGUGGGGAGGUUAACCUGUCUUGAAAGAUUAUCCUUGUUUGCCGUGGGCACAGAUAGGGGAGGUAGCAUUGAAGAACUAGAAUGCUUAAACCAACUAAGCGGCGAGUUGGAGAUAAGUUAUCUUGAGGAGGUGAGAAACAAAGAAGAAGCAAAGAAAUCAAAUCUACAGGGGAAAACGAAAUUGAAAGCCCUUCAUUUUAGAUGGAGAUUUGAAUGGAAUUUUGAAAGAGAAAGCAACAGCAAUGAUGAGGAAGUGUUGGAAGGUCUUGAGCCUCACUCAAACAUAGAGAGAAUAAAGGUAGAGAAUUAUUCGGGCAAAAAGUUCCCGCUGUGGCUAUAUGGGAUGAAAAUUCUUAGUGAAGAUGAUUCUUUCACUGUAUUUGAUAAUUUGGUGGAACUUGUAUUGGAGAAGUGUGAGUGGUGCGAAGAACUCCCAAGGCUUGGACAUCUUCCUCGUCUUAAAACGCUCGAAAUAAUAACAAUGGGUAAGAUAAGAUGUAUAGGGAACGAAUUCUAUGGCAUUGACAGUGGAAGCACAGGUAAUGGAGGGAGACUGUUUCCAGCAUUAAAGAAAUUAUAUUUUAAUUAUAUGAUGAGUUUAGUUGAAUGGAAGGCACCACCAGUAGAUGAAGGAGGCGAAACAUCGGUAUUUUCUUGUCUUGAAGAAUUGUCCAUAAAGUAUUGUCCUCUGUUGGCAAAAAUUCCAUUAAGUGAUAGUUCAUCGCUUGUCGCAUUGGAAAUCGUAGAAUGUGAAGAAUUGAGUUACUUAUUUGAAGAACUACAAGUACACUCCUUCCCCUCUCUUAAAAGCAUUACAAUUAGAUGGUGUCAUAAAUUAAUUUGUCUUCCAAGUGGACUGAAAUCCUUCACUUCUCUGGAAUCACUGGUAAUAAGGUAUUGUCGAGGCCUAACGUCUGUUCCCGAAUAUUUAGGAGAAUUGCAUUCUCUUCGUCUUUUAGAAAUAAGAGACUGUGAAAUGUUGAGUUGCUUUCCGGAGAAAAUAUUAGGAGGUCUCACACGAUUAAGGGAAUCAAGAAUUGGUAAUUUCUCGGAGGAGUUGGAUUCUUUCCCUUAUCUGAAUUCAAUCCAAGACCUGCCAUCCCUUCAAUCCCUAGCUAUAUUUGGGGAUUCUGAAGGUAGAAUAAAGUAUCUGCCAGAUCAACUUCAACGCCUCACUGCCCUAAACUCAUUGUCUAUAUGCUAUUUCCAUGGAUUAGAAGCUUUGCCGGAGUGGUUGGGCAACCUUUCGUCUCUUCAAAUCCUGCAAUUACAGUUUUGUAUGAAUUUGAAGUAUCUACCUACAGCUACAGCCAUGCAACGCCUCUCCAAAUUAAGGAAGCUCGAGAUUACAUAUUGUCCUUAUCUUGGAGAAAAUUGUAGCGAGGGGAGUGGCUCUGAGUGGUCCAAGAUUUCUCAUAUCCCAGACGUAGAAAUAGGAUAAUUACCACUUUUUUCUCCUCUUUGGGCGUGCUCGCUGAACUAGCUUUAUUUGUGAAUUCUUGGGAUGUUGUUUAGUAAUAAAUGAUCAUCUUAUGGGUCGUUUGCAGUCCACACAUGGGUCGUUUGCAUUGAUCUAAUUAUUAUAAGAGAGAGUUUAGUUAGUUUCCAAGAAAAUGGACACUUUUGGAUUAUAAAGCAAUCAAAUGGACAACACAUAGGCUAUUACUCUGCCACCCGUUCACAUGUUACCAUCUCCUGCACUUAAUGUAUUUUUCAUUUCCAUUGGUACCCAGAACUCCACAGUAUAGGUUUAUUUUGCAAUAGUGAUGUCUGCCAACUUCCAUUUAUGUAACCUUUCCCAUUGAUGGUGGCGUGGCUGAUAAUUCUUUCUGAAAUUCAAUGAGGAAUGGCUGCAAUGUGAGAAAAUGCAGGUAUUUUUCCUUGGCAUGUUUACUUUAUCAAAUGUUCUGUUCAUAUAGAUGACCGAGUGUUCCUAUAUCCUUAGCAGUCAAUUACUUGCAAAGGCAGUGUUCAAUUUAGGAUUAAUAGACCUUAUGAUUAUAUGACCAUUGAUAAUUUGAUAUCCAAAUCCUCAAAUAAAUGAUCGUUGAUCAGGGAAGUUAGGGUCCCCAAUAUAUUUUUUAAUCUUUCAUUUGCUUCUCAUUGGAUAAUUUACAUUUUCUAGGAAAUAGCAGGCUCUUUUUCCUAUCCAUUUUUUUUUUCUAAAACUAGUACUUCCCAAAAUUGAAGUGGUUUAUAUUCCUUUUAGUCCAUUGUUCACUGGCUGAAGCAUUAGCAAAGCGAAUACAUAUAGUCCCUCAAAAGAAGAUGUGAUCUUUAUACCCCCAUUUAUUUACUUUGAUUUGCUAAGAACUAUGUGCAUGAAUGUAUUUUCUUUAACCAUUUUAAGUUUGUAUUUUCUAACUUAAGCAAGGCUUUACAGUAUUAUAUAAUUUUUUGAGACAGAUAACGGGAGUGAUGCAGAUACAAAAGGAGAUUUUGAGUAAGAAAGGGUUUACUGCACCAAGAAAGUCAAAAACGCUAGCUUCAUCUGUUUGUUUGUGAUGGAACAGAUAAAGACUUACAACUAAAGAAGACAAGUAUGUCUUCAUUUGUGGUCACUAUUGAAUGAAGUUUGUUUUCUAGAUUCUUUAAGUUAUCUUGGAUUGCAGGGGGCAGAAGAUCAUACUGACUUGUGUGCAGAACUUGCAGAGCUGUUUACAAAUGUUGAGUUUUGUAAGUUUGUGAUGAAGUUUCUUAUGAUAUAUAUGUUGCGGGGAAACGCCUAAUUAUUUGCAAGUUCAUGCACUUGAAGAUACUGUUAACUGGAUGCAAGAUAAUUUCAGAUACACUUCUGAAACAUUUUCUCUGGAAUUUUCUACUUUCAUUUGAGCCAAUGGGAAAGGCAAAAAAUUUGUUCAACUAUGUAGAAAUAAGCGGAAAGGCAAAGUGAAUGCAGAUAGUCUGUCAAACAGGGUUAGGACAUGGCUUGUUAUUGAUGAAGAUUGAAGUUCUACUUGACCCAUUGGAUGGCUAGAUUCCAUGAAUAGAAUGGAAAUGAGGCAGAAGAAUGAAAGAAAAAAGAACUUUGAAAAGUAUUUAUCUAGUAAGAUAAUAGUUGAUGUGAAGUGAAAUUCAAAUUCUUAUUUACUGGUCUCUUUCUUAUGCCUGUUUAUUAGCUCUCACGUAUUUUGUACUCUUUGAUGGUUCAUGUUAAUUUGAUGGGUAUUACAUUAUGAUUGAAAUUCUUGUACGGGAGAAAGAUGGAUUCACUUCAGGAGAGCCUUGAUUGUGUAGCAGUUUGGUCAGUUAAAGCACAUCAAAUGCCAUUUAGUCAGACAAAACUGAUCAUUGAGAUAUGAAGAUGAUUCAAUUGCAGAUGGAUGCUGAGCCUCAGUUACUUAAAUAAAGGAACAAAGGGAAUGCAGAAAGUCCACCAAAUAAGGUGCGGUAUUCAUGCCUCCCAUUUAUCAACUUUUAUUUACCUAAAAUUAUGUGCAUGAACGUAUUUUCUUUAAGCAUUUUAAGUUUGUAUUAUCUACCUUGAGCAAGACUUGGCAAUAUUUCCUACAAUGAUGAGACAGAUAAUGGUAAUGGUGAUGACUCAGAAAAGAAUAAGUUUACUGCACCAGGAAAGGAAAAGAAAAGAGAAGGUGAGCUGCAUUUAUUUGUGGUCAGUAUUGAAAGUGGAUAUAAUUUCUAGAUUCUCUACAUUGUCUUGCAUAGCAGAGGGCAGAAGAUCAUGCUAACUCAUGUGCAGAAGUUGUAGACCUGUUUGCAAAUCUUGAGACUUGUAAAUUUGUGUUAAAUCUUCAUAUGGUAUAUAUGCCACAGGGAAAGAUCUCAUUUUGGAAGGUUUCAAUCAAUUGCAAAUUCUAUGUGUAGCUCAUGCACACUUGAAGAUACUGUAGACUGGUGAUUUCCUUCACAAGGCAGCUAUGGAACGUCAGGAAGAGAAAAUGUUGGAAGAUGAGCCUCCACAUAGCACUUCAUGAGAUCAAUUCAGAUAAUCUUACUGUUAAUUAGACAUUGCAAGAUGCAAGAUAAUAUUAGAUGCACAGCUGCAUUGUUUUCUCCACAAAAUUAUUCAAUUGAGUAUAAAGCAUUUCUUUGGAGCUAUCUACUUUGCCCCAAGUGAAAGACAAAAAAAUGUUUUGGAGGUUGAUAUCAUGCCCUUUUAUUAGCUCCUUACAGGAUUAUGACUGCUAAAUUUUGAGUUCAAGCUGUAAGCCUGAACAGAAAUAGAUAUAAGUUUACAUCCCCCCACUGGAGCUUUGAGCCUCGAGUUCUCAUCACAUUAAACUGACUAGACGAGCAAGAAAUGUCACUUGGCAAUUGGAACCAUUAGAAGAUGGAAGAGAAUUAGUGAGUUCAAUCUGUAAGAGCAAACAAAACUAGUGAUAACUGUUGCUUGUGAAGCUUGAGCCAUGAAAUAUUUUGAAACAUCCUUCAAUUAAAGAUUUGACUAAAUGAACAAUUGAAUUCGCUUUGGGAUUAGAACCAUUAGAAGAUGGAAUGGGACUUUGUCCAUAGUGCAAAAGCGGCUUUCCUUGUUGCAGUUGUUGUAUACCUCAUUUGAUAUGAGAAGAAUGUGGAUUCAAUUUUUGCAGUAUUUGAGGAUAAUCUUGAUUAUGGAAUUCUAUAAUAUAUGUUGCUAAAAUUUGUUGAUUCCUACCAAA